AUGUUUUCAGCUCGUAUUUCGCUGAAUGAAAAUGAGUCAGAUGCAGUACAUCAAUUCGAAUUAAUGGCAAAAAGCGCCAACAGAGCCGCAGCUUCACUCGAACUGCGUCUGUGCACCACUCCAAAACGAUAUAACGAAAUUCUUGCCCUAAGGGAAAAGCUUCUUUCAAGUCAAGUGCCUUACAAACCGCAAGCUGCACGCAGUAUUCUGGAAGAUGAAUUCAGUUUGUUCCCGGGAACGUUUUAUUUAGAUAUUAUUGACGAAAAAUAUCGGCGUUAUUAUCUUCAAGCUUAA